UUCCAACGCAUAAAACCCACGCCGCGAGCCGCGAGGCCAGCCGAAGCAAGCACAAAGCGAAGCGAACCCGGUACACUAUUCCCCUUCGUCUCCCCGUCGCCCGCCCGCCUCACCCCCGAAUCGCACCGCACCCAUCUCCCUCAUGUGGCCGUCCUGGGUGAAGACGCGCAGUUCGUCCUCCUCGGCGGCUGUAUCCACCUCCACUUCCACCGACCUCGUCCCCGCUGUCGCUGCGUCCCCGCGCCUCUCCUUCACCUCCCCGUCCCUCAAGGACCUCCAGUCCCUGCUCAAACCGGACUCCGCCCACGCCGCCGCGCCGUCCUCCCCGUCGCCUCGCGUCUUCCACCGCAUCCGCGUCGCCGCCUCCGCGCUCCGGGUCCUCCGCACGCUCCAGCAGCCCUCGGUCCCAUCCCGCCCCGCCGCGGAGCUCCCAUCUGGGACCGGGCGCGUGGUGCUGUACUUCACCUCCCUCCGCGUCGUCCGCGGCACCUACGAGGACUGCCGCGCCGUGCGGGCCAUCCUGCGGGGGCUCCGCGCGGCCGUCGACGAGCGGGACCUCUCCAUGGACCCCGGCUUUCCCCCGGAGCUCGCCUCGCUCCUGCCCCACCGCCGCCGUGUGACGCUCCCCCAGGUCUUCGUCGGCGGCCGCCACCUCGGCGGCGCCGAGGAGGUCCGCCGCCUCCACGAGUCCGGCGAGCUCCGCCGCAUCGUCGCCCCCGCUCCGCCCUCCGCCUCUCUCAACUGCACCCGCUGCGGCGGCGAGCGCUACGUGCUCUGCGGCGCCUGCGAUGGGAGCCACAAGCGGUACAGCCUCAAGGGCGGCGGCGGGUUCCGCGCCUGCGCCGACUGCAACGAGAACGGCCUUGUCCGGUGCCCUGGCUGCUGCGUCCCCGCCGCCUGAUCCAGAUCCAAGAUCCAAUUGGUCCUGGUUCCCCUCUAAUAACUCAACUCUUUAGUAGUACUAGCACUCUGUACCGCACUCGCCAUCAGACUUGAUUAGGAGAUCAUUUGUGUCGCCACUAGUACUGUACUGUAGUCAUUACUCGUGAUUAGCGAAGUGGUCCAAAUCAGUUACUGAGAUCGGGAGCUGGGGCUCUGGAGUUAUUUAGAUUUCCUCCAACCUUGGAUUAGAGCAUACUAGGAGCGUCAGGAGUUGAACCAGAUCACAAUUCGUAGCUCUGGUUCAUGUCUCUGUAUGUACAUUUCAAGUCUCAUCUGUUAGACUGUUAUCAAGGCACGCGCUCCUUGCCUCCCCUGCAGUCA